AGGCGCCUCGCCUCCGGGCUCGCCGAAGGCGAACUGGCAGCCUGCGAAUCCUAGCGGCCUUCGGGCACGCGCGCGGACUACAAGUCCCAGUGCCUUUGGGCGCGCGGGGGCGGUGUGCGCGCAGAACCCCCGCGUUGAGGGGUCUCCUCGGAGCUCUAGGCAGGACCGGGCCCGUCUCUGCGUGCAGAGGGCCGGCUUAGGGCGCCCAGCUUCGGAGGUCAGGAUAGAUACAUCUUGAUCUCACCUGGCCACAACUGGUUAAAUAGUCAACCAAAGACUGUCCAUUUGAGUCAGCUCAGUGCAGGUUGAGCUCCCCAGAGCCCUGCCUGGCCAGCAGCUGAGGGACCUUCAUCUGCUUUCCUUUGAGUGUCAGAUUUGAGGUUCAAGGGAAGCAGCAAAGAUGUCUAAUGAGCCACCCCCUCCUUAUCCUGGGGGCCCCACAGCCCCACUGCUGGAGGAGAAAAGUGGAGCUCCAUCCACCCCAGGCCGCACCUCCCCAGCUGUGAUGCAGCCCCCACCAGGCAUGCCACUGCCCCCUGCAGACAUUGGCCCCCCACCCUAUGAGCCACCAGGUCAUCCAAUGCCCCAGCCUGGCUUUGUCCCCCCCCAUAUGGGUGCAGAAGGUGCCUACAUGGCUCCAGGUUUCUACCCACCUCCAGGUCCUCACCCACCCAUGGGCUACUACCCAUCAGGACCCUACCCGCCAGGGGCCUACCCUGGCCCUGGGGGCCACACAGCCACAGUUUUGGUCCCUUCAGGGGCUGCCACCACGGUGACAGUGCUGCAGGGAGAGAUCUUUGAAGGCGCACCUGUGCAGACUGUGUGUCCCCACUGCCAGCAGGCUAUCACUACCAAGAUCUCCUACGAGAUUGGACUGAUGAACUUCGUGCUGGGUUUCUUCUGCUGCUUCAUGGGGUGUGAUCUGGGCUGCUGCUUGAUCCCCUGCCUCAUCAAUGACUUCAAGGAUGUGACACACACAUGUCCCAGCUGCAAAGCCUACAUCUAUACAUACAAGCGCCUGUGCUGACGGAGCCAGACUUGGACUCAUCUGCCUGUCAGUCUACCCCCAUGCUUUGCUCCCCGCAUUCAGUGGUCAUUUCCCCCUCACUUGGGGUAGUAAGCUGUACCACUGUCCCCUGAAAGUCCUGUCCUCUUUGCCUUGCCCUAACCUGAGCAUCUGACUCUUCCAGCAAAAGUUCUGUUGGAUUGAAGGCCAAGGGCCAAUGGGUGGCAGCGGGGGGUAGGUGACACUGAGCUUGUGUGAUGCUGGUUUGGUUGACAUAUGUGAGCCACAAGAUAAGCUGGGAAGGGCCUCCUAUUGGGGUUCCCAUUCUUCCUUUCCGUACAAGGCCCAAACUUGGUCCUGACUCUGCUUGGGACCAAAAACAGCCAGAGUAGUGCUGGGUCCAGGCUGGGGACCCUUGGGGGGGUAUACCUAGAGCUGCAGUCAUUUCUGAUCUGCUGGGUCAAGAGUAGGGCAUUGUUUGGAGUCUGCCUGGACCCACGUAGGACAGAGUUAAGCCCUGGGUUUGUUAAGGUGUAUGCUGUGCCUCUGCAGUGCCAGAGACAGGGCAUGACAAGUAAUAACUGCCAACUCUGGCCCUCAGAACUCUCAGGUAUGGAAGCCCAGGAACUGCUAACUCCCUGUCCAUGUGCCCAACAGCCAUCUGGUGUAAGGUAGCCAAGAGGGACUCGCCUUCACACACCUCCCUUUGAGUCAGUGUGCAGACCCCCCUCUCUGGCCACAUCUCUGUGAACCACUGUAUUUUUCUGGGGCCAGAAGGAAUCCCCACAAACCUAGCCUGUCCUGUGUACUAUGUUCUUAUUGUGUGUGGGUGCAUCCUCUUCCCAUUAGCUGUUGUGUCCCAGCUAGGUCAGAAGGCAUUUAUGAGGGAACUCCUUAAUAGGUGUAGUGGGAUCUGCAGCACCCUCUGCAUUGGUUCUCUUCUCAGUAAGCGCUGGGCCCUUAGCUGACUUGCUGUCGUUGUACUCACCCUCACACUGGGGUGCUCCAGUAAGGAACAGCUGUGGCACUGGGCUGGGAAUGAGAAAAGAGCAGGCACAAAUGCUGGGAGUACCCUAGUAGACACCAGCCCUGCCCUGGGUAUAGCCCAAAUCUGUCUUUUUUUCCUGAAUAGUUUGUGAAUUUGCCCAUGUGGAUGCUGUAUCCUAUUGCUGUCCCUCUCCUGGUCUCGCACUGCCACUGCAUGGCCUCCCAUCACUGUGAAUUGUGGCCUGGUCUCAGUUUGUAGUUUCUCAUUAAAUUGGCCCUUUCAUUCCCCUGAGCUGGGCCUCUGCUGUCUUGCCUGGCUUCCUUCUUUUUCUGAGGGAAAGAGGGUGGGCUUAUAUGUAAGUCUACUGGCAGGAAGGGGGCUGAACCCAGCUGUCUGGCAACAACACUGAUACAUAAGGACUCAAUUGUGCCAAACCAGAGUUUGACGUGGACCAUCCCUGCAAAUCCAGCUGUGAGUAGGCCAGGGCAGGAGCUGGCUUCAGCAGUGGCUAUAAGGUUACCCUACUUCCUCAGAUACUUGUUCCAUCAAUCUACACACCUUGGUAUCCAUCCACAGCACCUGCAAGGUGGAGAACCCUUCCCCGCAGCUUGGAUUGGUGUCAUCCUACCCUUAAGACAGCUUCUGGGUUAACAGGAUGUAGUCUGAGCAUGCAAAUUCUAGACCUGGCAGUGGCCUAACUUCCCUGAACUGUGAAGGUGGUGUGCUCAAUCUGUAGUUUAAGAAGUGUUUCCUCACUAAACUCCUUUUUGAAUAAAACUUUUAUAGUAAUAGAUUCCUAUCAAUAAAAAUAUUUAACUUCA